AUGACUAAGCUACGCAAACAUUUGGCUACUUCGACUCAGACGUUCAACCUUAAAGAAUCAGACAUUGAACAACUAGCUAACUUUAUGGCGCACAUACACGCUGUCCACAGACAAAACUAUAGAUUGCCCGACGACGUGUAUCAGACGGCUGAGCUAUCAAAACUACUUCUGCUCAUGGAGAGUGGCAAAGUAGACUCUUAUAAAGGCAAAUGUUUGGAUGACAUAAACUUAGAUUUAGUAGUAAAUACAAAAUAUUUAUUAAGCAAAUAA